GUAAGUAAAUUAUAAUCCGAUAGUUUCUGUUUACAAUUCAGAAUUGUCCAAAUUCUUCAUACGAAUGAAUGUAAGUAGCAGAACUGAGCCAUUAAAAAUAAUCCAGUGUAGUGCAAGUCCACCAAAAACGAUGUCGGAUGACUGUGAAGAUCCAUACAAACUCUUAAACGUCAGCACCGAAUCAAUCCCAAAAGCACCUUCGAUAUGGUUUUCGAAACGAUUCGUUGUAGCAGUGCUGUCAUUUUUUGGUUACAUGACGUAUACAUUCGCUCAAGUAAUCAGUAUCGCCAUUGUAGAGAUGACCACCACCAAAGUAGAAGUUAUAGGAAAUGAAACCAUUACACGACCAGCCGAAUUCAACUGGAAUCUACAAGAGGUAGGACUGGUUCUGAACAUGUUUUGGUACGGAUUCUUUUUCUCCGUCAUAGGAGGAUAUUUGGCUCAAAAAUUUGGAGGUGUUACCAUUCUAGGAUUAUCAACCAUGCUGACAGGAAUCAUAGUGGUGCUUAAUCCAUUAAGCGUACGAUGUAACUUUUACUUGUUUUUGUUAGCUCGAGGAUUGAUUGGUUUACUCCAGAGUUUUUCAUCGGCUGGUUACACGGAUGUGUUUGCUCGAUGGGUGCCCAGAAAAGAAAGAGCAGCUGUUAUGUCGAUUGUUUUGGACGGAAUGUACGCGGGCACAGCCAUUAUGUAUCCGGUUUGCGGGUUUCUAGCGCAUAAGUGGGGAUGGUCGAUGACUUUUUAUUUUACAGGAACAGUUUGCAUAGGGUGGUCAAUUCUAUGGCUACUCAUUGUCAGAAAUGAUCCAUCACAGGACCACAGGAUAUCGAAGAAAGAACUCGAGUACAUCCUACAGGGGACUGAAAAUGUAGCAGUGAAAAGUGAUGACAGUAAUCCGUAUAAAGAAAUACUUAAAUCACCUUCGUAUUGGGCUUUAUCAAUCGGCAAAUUUGCUUUCAAUUGGGGAUCCGCAUUCACAGUCAUGUACCUACCGCUGUACAUCAAAGACAUGACACAUAGAAAUAUCAAAGAAAUCGGUCUGCUCGCUUUUGCUCCAAACGUUAGCAUUUUCAUAAUCCCUGCAGUCGGUAUGUCGAUAGAUUACUGGCAAAAUCAUAGCACAUUGACAACAACUAGAAUUCAUAAGACAGUCAUCAGUGGUGCUUUCAUCAUUGCUGCAAUUUCAUUCGCAGCAUUGACGGUGGCUAAUAAUCUUAUCGUGAUGACAAUAUGCUUCGUGUUCAUAAAAUCUUCAUUAUCGCUGAAUAAGAUUUUCUUAGAAUUAAUUACGGUAAAUAUGGCUCCCAAUCAUUGCAGCCUGCUAUCGGGACUGACUUUAUUUUGGCAAACAGUUGGUAUUAUAGUCAUUCAGACCAUCAUUGGGUUCAUAAUUGAAAAUCACGAACUGGCUGAAUGGAAUACAUGUUUCUUUCUGACAACAGGUGUUUUACUCUUCAGUGCAUUAGUCUUUGUGGUUUUCGGAUCGAGCGAAGCUCAGUCUUGGUCCAAAGAGUCGUGAUGGAAGUGAAUAUCAAACCACAGGAUCACUAGGAGAAGAUAGGUACUUCUAGAAUACUUUGAUCUCGAAACAUCAAUGGGAGAAAUAGGAGUCUCGUGACAGGAUUGUAAUAAUAUAAUUUUUAAGCAGAAGAACGCACCUACGAAAUCUGUUUUUUUUUUUCAAUUUUAUACCUAUUUAAUAAAGUUUUUCAGUUUCUCACAAAAUGUACAUGAAUACAUGAUACAUUUUUUAUGCAAACAUUAAUCUUAAAAGAUGAAAUCAGUUCGGUCAAUA